AUCCUCAGAACCCACCCUAACCCUCGCGUCUCCCUCUCUCUCUCUCUCUUUUAUUUUAUCGUAAUCGUUUUCGUUUCUUUUCCCAUUAAAAAUUUAUAGGGCCUGACGGCGGCCCCCAUGGCAUCUCACGCCGCCAAUCUCUGGGUGCUGCUAAGUUUGGGUUUAGCUGGGAUUUUGCUUGUAACCAAAAAGCUUAAGAAAACCAUUAAAGCUGACUUUGGGGCUUUUAUUCAGAAGCUAGAGCUGCUUCCGCCUCCUCAGCCUGCUCCUCCUAAAGCUCCCCACCCUCUCACCGGUCUCAGUUUCGCCGUCUCUGACGUAUUUGAUAUUGAAGGAUAUGUGACUGGGUUUGGCCAUCCAGACUGGUUGAGGACACAUGAAGCAUCUUCUCGCACAUCUCCUGUGGUUUUGGCCCUUGUUGAAGGGGGUGCCACUUGUGUUGGGAAGACUGUUGUGGAUGAACUGGCAUACAGUAUCCAUGGAGAGAAUAAGCACUAUAGCACACCAACCAAUCCGGCUGCACCUGCACGCAUUCCAGGUGGAUCCUCUAGUGGAGCGGCUGUUGCUGUUGCUGCUAAUUUUGUGGACUUCUCCUUGGGAAUUGAUACCCUAGGCGGUGUGAGGGUACCUGCAGCAUUUUGUGGUGUUAUUGGAUUCCGACCCUCGUAUGGUGUUAUUUCUAACACUGGAAAUAUACCUGUUUCAUCAAGCCUCGAUACGGUUGGAUUGUUUGCUAAGGAUCCUAAUGUUCUACGUCGAGUUGGGCUUGUGCUCUUGCAACUUCCAUAUUCCGUUCAAUGCAAUCCUAAGCAAAUUGUAUUAACUGAUGAUUGUUUUCAACUGCUAAAGAUUCCAGCAGACAGAGUUUCACGAGUGGUGAUUAAUUCCACUGAGAAGCAUUUUGGAAGACAAGGUUUGAAGCAUGAAAAUCUUGAGAAGUACUUCAGUUCUAAGGUCCCAAGCUUGAAGGAGUUCUGUAGCCUGAAAAGAAAUGGUGAUUCAGAAAUUUCAUCCUUAAGGUUGCUUGCAAAUGUGGCGCAGUUUCUUCAAAGAUAUGAGUUUAAAUGUGCGCAUGGAGAAUGGAUUAAUUCCGAAAAGCCAGUUCUUGAUUCUGCCAUCUCUGCACAAAUAAAAGAAUCAGUGGAUAUGACAAAUAAGGAGAUUGAAAUCUGCAAAUCGAUUAGGGCUGAGAUGCGUUUUGCUGUCAGUGAUCUUUUGAAGGAUGAUGGAAUUCUGGUGAUUCCUACCACUGCUUAUCCUCCUCCGAAACUUGGUAGCAAGGAAAUCUUCUCAGAUGACUACAAGAAUUGUGUUUUUAGUCUGUUGAGUAUUGCUAGCAUCUCUGGAUGCUGUCAGGUCUCACUACCACUUGGAUAUUAUGAUAAGUGCCCGGUUUCUGUGUCCUUCGUAGCCAGACAUGGGGGUGAUAGAUUUUUACUGGAUACAGUACAGACUUUAUAUUCGUCUCUACAAGAGCAUGCUGAUACUGUUGAUAAGUCUAAAUUGACACAAAAUACUGUCAAGCAGGAACAUUCUGCUGAGGCUGUUAAAGAAAAGGGUAACCAAGCAUACAAAGAUAAACAAUGGCAGAAGGCUAUUGGGUUUUAUACUGAAGCUAUCAAGCUUAGUGGCAAUAAUGCAACAUACUAUAGCAACAGGGCUGCAGCAUAUCUAGAACUAGGAAGUUUCCUCCAAGCAGAAGCAGAUUGUACCAAAGCCAUCAACCUAGAUAAAAAGAAUAUAAAGGCAUAUUUACGAAGAGGCACUGCUAGGGAGAUGCUUGGUUACUAUAAGGAGGCAAUUGAGGAUUUUAGUCAUGCCCUGGUGCUUGAGCCAACCAAUAAAAGAGCAGCCCUUUCUGCUGAGAGAUUAAGGAAGGUGUUUCAGUAGCUGGUUGGAAGCCAAAAACGAAAUUACAAUGCAGAAUUGAUUUUUAUUCCAAGUCUUGCAGUUUUCUUAAGGUCUCAAGAGAUGCCAUCAUUUUAUGUCGUUAGUAGGUAUUAUUAUUAGUUCAGUUUUGUUCCCUAUAAUAUUACUUGUAUUAUUGUAUAAUACUAUGCCUUUUGCUCCUACAUAUUGAAUUUUA